AUGCUUCCUCCCUCCUCCCAUUGUUGCACGUCCGCCUCCAUGGAGACUGAACCGCUCCACGAAUUAUCAUCUCUCUCACUUGACGGAGCCGACAUUCCUCAAUCCCAGGACUCCACUACGACCACGCGUGCUCCAGCCGCAGUUUCGCCAGCACCAACACCGCUGCGGACGAUCUGCUUCUCGUUCGUGCUCGACAGCGGUCACACAGUGUAUGCAGUAUCACCGUUCCCAGAAACAUACAUGGCAGCUAAAGAGCUAGCUGUUGAGCACUUCUCUUGGCUGCUGAAGCCGGACGUCACGGCCAAAGAAAUCUAUUUGAAUUGCGCUAUUCAAAUUGAUGGAAAGAAGGAGUGGGCGUUCAUCUCGCCUCCGUUAUGGACCCAAGUCGUUCAAGGAAUCGGGGAGGAACUGCGAGUUCGCUAUCGAAAGGAUACAACGAAGCACUACUCGCCGCCCGCUACGACCGUUGAGCAAACAAAGAGCCGCCCCGUCGUUGUCACAUUCAGGCUCGGGGAUAAGAUCUCCUCUGAGACGCACUUCAAGUACGCAGUCCACACGAUACCUGGUUCCAAAGUGGUGAGCCCUCCAGUGUCUGCUCGUCCCUCAUCUCAAACUCAAACGUGCAUGGACCAGGAAGCUAUGGUGGUAGCGGCGGCGGGUCUCCGGCAUCGGAUGAAGAACAAGAACGCGGGACCUGACGAUAUAAGAUUAAGGGCUGUGGUGAAGAACCGGGACGACGAGUGGGUGACUGCACAUCUCCCCGGAGGACCAUCCUGGAAGGAAACGGUCACCGGCCUGACGCAGAAGUACCGGAACUUUGAAAUUCUUGUGACGGAGAUCCAACCAGGGCAUGCCUAG